AAUCAAAACAAAAGUGCCGCAAAUUAUCAGCUGUUUCGACUGUCUCAAACAAAACUGAAUAUUCUCGGAAAAUUUAAUAUCGGUUCCAUAGAAUAGUUAGAUGUCGCAAAACUACCGAAAAGUGAUAACGGAUGGCCUUGCUCGGCUGGUCGGCAAGGAAUCGCGAACGAACCGACCCCUAUUUUGCAUUUCAAAAGCUAGCAGCCAACCGGAGCUUCACCUGCCCAUCACCCAAGAGAUCGGGAACCUCCGGUCGACUGAAGGCUGUCCCGAGUGGAACAAUUUGAUCGAGAAUGCGACUGUAGUUCAGCAAGGGCGCAACCAGAAGCUGGUUUGCCGGUUGCACCGAAAUCGGUUUGUCCACGAAGUGCUGGGAAAUUUGUCUUUGGAGAGGAAAAGUCUGGCGAAUCCACCGAAGACGCUGGUUGAGUUCAGUUCGCCAAACAUUGCCAAACCGUUUCACGCCGGACAUUUACGAUCGACGAUCAUUGGGAACUUUCUCGCCAAUCUGUACGACCAUCUGGGACAUGAUGUGGUCAGGUUGAACUACUUGGGCGAUUGGGGAACGCAGUUUGGGUAUUUGAAGCUGGGCGUUGAUCUGAAAGGCUUGUCUAGAGAGGACAUUCGAAGAAAUCCUAUCGAGAGUUUGUACGAAGCGUACGUUUAUGCUUAUGGAAAGGCGGAGGAUAGUCCCGAACUGCAGGACAGAGCAAGGCAGAUCUUUUCGGAACUGGAAAACGGAACAUUCAGUGAACUCGACACGUGGUCAGACUUUCGAUCGUACACGGUUGAUGAGCUGAAACAGGUUUAUGAGAGACUUGGAACUAGAUUCGACCAGUAUCAUUGGGAAUCCCAAUAUGGAGUUAAAGAUAUCAGUCACGUAAUAAAUCUCUUGCAAGAACAAAAAGUUCUAGUCACUCAGGAAGAUGGAAGAAAAGUGGUAAAAGUAGGAAAUCGCAAUGUUCCCAUCGUGAAAAGCGACGGGACAACGCUGUACCUGACGCGUGACGUGGCCGCCCUCAUGGAUCGGUUCGAACGGUUCCGGUUUGACAACGCGUUCUACGUGGUAGACAACUCCCAAAGUGAUCACUUCUCAGCUCUAAUAUCCAUCGCACAACAGCUAAACCUAAGUUACGCAGCCAGCGUUAGCCACGUAAAGUUUGGUCGAGUUCUAGGCAUGAGCACUCGGAAAGGAACCGUCGUCUUCUUGAAGGACAUCCUGGACGAAGCGGAAGCCCAAAUGAAGCAGAAACAACUCAACACCAAAACGACGAAAUCAAACGCCUUGAACAAUCCCAAAAUAGCAACCAUCCUCGCGACCGCCGUCGUGGUGAACGACCUGAAACAACGUCGCACGCGGGAUUACGACUUUUCCUGGGACCGCGCGCUGCAAUCCGAUGGGGACACCGGCAUCAAGCUUCAGUACACCCACUGCAGACUUUCGAGUUUGGAGAAGAACGCGGCCGAACAACCCGCCAUCGAGUGCAAACCGGAACUCCUGCCCGAACCGGAGGCUCUCGCGCUAGUCUGCGAACUGGUCAAAUUUGAAGAUGUCCUGGCGGAAGCAGCCGAACGUCGGGAAGCUUGCAUCUUGGUCAACUAUCUGUUUGGGCUGUGCAAUGCCACAAGUCGGGCGUUGCAGACGUUGCACGUGAUGAACGAACCUUCGCGGGAGAGGCGAUUGCAACGGUUGCUGCUGUUUGGAGCGACGAGGAAGACUCUCCGGCGUGGAAUGGAAAUUUUGGGACUUGAGCCUUUGGAGGAGAUGUAGUAUUGUUUUUCAUAUGAUUCAAGUUGAAAAAUAAAGUACUGAUGAAUUUUGA